GAGCAACAGAUUCACCGUAGACCGUUGAAGUGUCUGGAGGAUGGCGAAGUGUAAAACCAACUGCAUUGAACAACCUCUGUCUCUGGCCUGUAAAAGACUCGGAUGUGUUGUUGGUGGACAUCCAUGUGUGUUUCUUGUAUUAGCUGUUUGGGUGGCUGCUGCCCUUGGAACCGGUUUCAUCUUUCUUAAGGAGAUGAAGGCCAAUGAUAUUGAAGACCAGUUCACACCCGUCAAUGGACCAGCCAAGAUGGAGAGAGCAUUUGUGGAGGAAAAGUUCCCACCGUCUGAAGAGUUUUCUCAGUUACGACUUUCGUCAGAUGGCACUUAUGCAUCUGUGAUCAUCACAGACUCAAAAGGAGAAAAUGUAUUGACUGAACCAGCUUUUACUGAGAUUAUUGAGUUAGACAGACGAGUAAAAAGUAUAACGGCAGGAAACAAUUUUGAAAAACUCUGUGCCAAAACAAAGGGAAUCUGUACAUCAAAUCCAGUUUUAGACAUUAUAAAUUAUGAUGCUACUGCAAUAGUUUCUUCAAACAUAACGUAUCCGAAGAAUAAAGACACGUUUUUGGGAACAGCCAUCGGCGGUGUAGAGCUAAAGCCGAAUAGCUCAGAGAUAUCCAGCGCAAAAGCGGUCAGGCUUUUUUAUUUCCUAGAUGAGAAGAAGAAAAAGGAAAACUCUGAAUGGCUUGAUGGCUUUCUAAAACUCCUCUCAAACUAUACGCAACAGGAAAAUGGUAAGACAAAGAAAUGUUAUGUCAAUGUGUCUUACUUUACAUCAGUGUCAAGACAGAAUGAGUUGGAGACCAGUUCUGGCUCUGUGAUCCCCCUCUUCUCUGUUAUGUAUUUCCUGGCCAUUACCAUUUCAGUUCUGUCUUAUUUAAGGUUAGACUGUGUCAGGACGAAGGUGUGGGUGGCUGUGUUCGGCGUCGUCUCUGCCGGUUUGGCGGUGUUGGCCAGCUUCGGACUGCUGCUGUUCUGCGGGGUGCCGUUCACCAUGACCGUGGCCACAGCUCCCUUUCUGAUCCUUGGUGUCGGUGUCGAUGACAUGUUCAUAAUGAUCUCCUGCUGGCAGAAGACUGAAGUUGAUAAACCCGUCGAGGUUCGCUUAGCAGAAACGUAUAAGGAGGCCGGCGUGUCCAUCACGAUCACCACACUGACGGAUGUGAUGGCUUUCUACAUCGGCCUCCUGACGCCGUUCCGCUCGGUUCAGUCUUUCUGCAUGUACACCAGCACAGCCCUUCUGUUCUGCUACGUCUUCAACAUCACCUUCUUCGGCGCGUGUCUCGCGUUCAACGGGAGACGAGAGAAAGACAACAGACACUGGCUGACCUGCAUGAGAGUCCCACAAGCCAGUGGUGAUGGUAAAGGUUGUUGUGUUGGUGGAGCUUUUGAUGAAAACACACGUAAGGAGUUUGAAAUGCCAAUGGAUUCAUUCUUUAAAAACUAUUACGGCCCUUUUCUGACAAGAGCGUGGGUUAAGGCGCUCGUGUGUCUGAUCUAUGCCGGGUAUUUGUCGGUCAGUAUCUACGGCUGCUUCCAAAUACAGGAAGGUCUAGAUCUCAAACAUUUAGCAGUAGACAGCUCAUAUGUUGCUGAUUACUAUGAUAAAGAAGAUGAAUUCUUCUCUGAUUUUGGUCCUAAUGUCAUGUUAGUUAUAAAGGAUGAGCAUUUCCAGUACUGGAACCCAACUGCUCGAAAAGUUCUUGACUUGUGUUUGGAACAUUUUCAAAAUCUUGCAAUGGCAAAUUCAGGCAGGCCUAUUUCUUGGCUUCAUGAGUAUGUGAAGUUUGGACAGAAUGCUAGUAUUCAUGUAGACAAUGAAGCACAAUUCAAAAACCAUUUAACUGCAUUUCUUAAUUAUUCUGGCUUUAGUCAAGAUGUUAAUUUCACUAACAAUCACAUUCUUGCAUCACGUAUGUUCGUUCAGACGGUGAAGAUCCGGACAGCGAUCGAUGAGAAGAACAUGCUGAAUGCGUUUAGAGAAACUGCAGCCAAAUGUGGCAACUUGCAGACGCCUGUCGAUCUGAUUGUGUACCACCCCACGUUCAUCUAUUUUGACCAAUAUGCCGUCAUCAUCACUAAUACAAUACAAAAUAUAGUAGCUGCUACAGGUGCGAUGUUAGUCAUUUCCCUCCUGCUGAUCCCAAACCCGCUCUGCUCUCUCUGGGUGACGUUUGCCAUCGCAUCUGUCAUUGUGGGAGUGGCCGGUUUCAUGGGAUUAUGGGAUGUUAGUUUAGACUCCGUGUCUAUGAUUAAUCUUGUUAUCUGUAUCGGGUUUUCUGUGGACUUCUCUGCUCACAUAUCCUAUGCUUUUGUGUCAAGUGAAAAAUCCUCAGUGAAUGAUAAAGCCACAGAUGCCAUCACUAAACUGGGCUAUCCCAUCAUUCAGGGAGCAGUGUCCACUAUCGCAGGCGUGGUGGUGCUCGCGGCUGGAAGCUACAUCUUCAGGACCUUCUUCAAGAUCAUGUUGUUAGUCAUUCUGUAUGGGGCCGUCCAUGGCAUCGCAUUCAUACCCGUGUUCCUGACCUUCCUCUGCACUUGUAGCAACAGUUGUGAAAAAACAAACAAACUUUUCCAGAGCGCAGUGACUCAAGCCAACAGAGUGUGAAAUCAUUUGUGAUUCAGAAUCACUGGUAUACAGAUCCUGACUGUCCAUAGGCACCAUGACAAGAAGUUUAUAAGUGGGCUGGGUGAACUUUUUUCGUUUUUAUGAGCUUAGCUCUGUAUGACACUUUAGUUUGACCGUGCAAGUAAACUGCAAUCAUUCUGUUAUAUUCUUAUAUUUACACUGCAUCUGACAUGUUUUUGUGUAUUAUCCUCAUAAUCAAUAUGGUUUUCAGUGCAGUUCUAUUUAAUGUGUGCAUCUAUGCGAUACAAAUAACUUUGGAUUUGUAUCCAGUUACACUGAUUAAAGCACAUUACUGAACACUGGGAA